CUCAUUGAAUUGUCAAACGACAGGUUGACAGGGUUACCAAGGUACGAACACAGGCCACAUGUGUUUUGUUAUUGUUGAUUGAAAAACUUUAAAGAAUCCUCAUAAAAAAUAUUUAAAAAAACAAAUUCAAUUGCAAAUAGCUUACAAAAAUGGGUAAGGGAAAGAAGGCAUUCAUUGAUCGCAAAAAUGCUGUGACGUUUCAUUUGGUACAUCGCAGUCAACAUGAUCCCCUGGUCACCGAUUCCGAGGCUCCACAGCGAGUUCUCGUUGAGGCUGGUGCCCGUCAGCCGCAGAAACAGACUAGCAACGACCCAGCCGAUGUGGAGAAACGCCGUGAGGAACAGAAAAAAUAUGGCAUUCACUUUGACGAUGACUACAACUAUUUGCAGCAUUUGAAAAAACCCGAAAUGGAUACCGUUUGGGAAUACGUGGAGAAUCCAAAUCAGGCCAGAAAACGUGUUGAAGAAAACCGUCUUACAACUGCACCCAAAUUGAAUUUGCCCAGUUCAGUGUUUGCCACGGAAUUUGAAGAAGAUGAGGGUAUGCUAAAUAAAGCUGCACCCCAACCAGGACCCAGACCCGAUUGGGAUCCCGAUGUUGUGGCGGCCUUGGAUGAUGAUUUUGAUUUCGAAGACGAGGAAAAUCAGCUGGAAGAUGAUUUCGUUUUGAAGGCCAUGGAGGGUGAGGGUGAUGAUGACGACGAUGAAGACUACGAUGAUGAUGAUGAUUAUAAAGACGAUGUGAGCGGCGAAGACUUUGAUUCAGAUGACUUACAUGAUUCCGAAUUGGAAGAUGAGGAGCUGAUGGAUCGCCUGGGUCCUUUAAUGAGAAAUAAACGUUUUGACAAAGACGAUACCAAGUCCCAGUUUACAGAAUAUUCCAUGUCUUCCAGUGUGAUAAGGCGUAAUGAACAGCUAACCCUGCUGGAUGACCGCUUUGAGCGUUUCUAUGCCACCUAUGAUGAUCCAGAACUUGGUGACUUGGCCACCGAAGAAAUCGAGGGCAGUUGGGGUCAAAAACAUCCCUAUGUCUUGGGUUGUUAUAAACUUUUCAAAAAAUCCAAUGAAAUUAUGGAGUACAACAAAGAAUGGGAUAAGAAACGCAUAGAGAAAUAUGCCACAGUUGUUGAGGGUGACCAUGAUCCCGAUGAGGAAUUGGUUGAGGUGGAAGUCGAAGAUCCCAAGGAGAAGAAAUGGGAUUGUGAAUCAAUUUUAUCUACCUAUUCAAAUAUCUAUAAUCAUCCAAAGUUAAUUGAUGAGCCCAAACGGAGAAGUCGCCAGAAUUCCAGCACAUCAUCAUCAACGGUUAAUAAAAUCGAAAUUGAUCCCAAGACAGGCAUGCCCAUGCAUGUUUUACAUGGUGAUGGCAAUCAAUUGACUGCCAAGGCCUUGGCCAAAUUGGAUAACGAAGCGGAUGGUAAGGCCACUGGUCCCAAGUCAUUGUGUGCCAAAUCUGUGUUAUCCACACUUUCUGUUCUAUCCAUACGGCCCAAGGAUGAGACGCCCGAGGAGAAGAAAGAACGUAAACGUCUGCUCAAGGAAUAUCGCCAGGAACGUAGAAUCGAAAAGAAAGCCAACGCCGAGGCAUUCAAGGAGGAAAAGAAACGCCAAAUCCAUGUUAAACAGAAUCAACGUCUUAAUCAACAAGGCAGCAAAAUUUUAUAGAAUAAUUAUUGUAGAUUUUUUUUAUUAACUAAUAGUAAUAACAAAACACAUGUACUUGCGUACUCCACACCCCACAAGAUUGUAUUGAAUGUAUACAAUAUAAAGAUUUUUAUUGAUUUUUGGCUGGCUCCAGCCAGAUCUUAACUACUAAACUAA